CCUUCCCUCCCUUUCUCCCCCCUCCCCCCGGAUUGGGGCCGAGGGGGAAAGUAAACACGGGGAGGAGCGGGAUUGGCGGAUCCACUGCUGGGCCGGAGCAUGGGGGGACCCUGGGCCCGGAGCCCCGCGACCCCCCCAGGGUUGCUGCUGUUGCUGCUGCUGCUUCUGGUGCCCCUGGCCCCCGCCGCCGCCGCCCCCCACAAGCCGGUGAUCGUGGUGCACGGCCUCUUCGACAGCUCCUCCAGCUUCCGCCACCUGCUCGACUUUAUCAACCAGACUCACCCCGGGACCCCGGUGACGGUGCUGGAUCUCUUCGACGGCAGCGAGAGCCUGCGGCCGCUGUGGGAGCAAGUCCAGGGCUUCCGGGCGGCCGUGGCCCCCAUCAUGGAGCAGGCCCCCUGCGGCGUCCACCUCAUCUGUUACUCUCAGGGGGGCCUGGUGUGCCGGGCCCUUCUGUCCGUCAUGGACGACCACAACGUCGAUACAUUUAUCUCCCUCUCCUCCCCGCAGAUGGGCCAGUACGGGGACACAGAUUACCUCAAGUGGCUGUUUCCCACAUCCGUGAGGUCGAACUUGUAUCGCAUCUGCUACAGCCCCUGGGGUCAGGAGUUCUCCAUCUGCAACUACUGGCACGAUCCUCACCACUCUGACCUGUACCUCAACGCGAGCAGCUUUCUGGCCCUGAUCAACGGGGAGAGAGACCACCCCAAUGCCACUGUGUGGCGGAAGAAUUUUCUGCGCGUGAAGCGGAUGGUGCUGAUCGGGGGACCUGACGAUGGCGUCAUCACACCCUGGCAGUCCAGCUUCUUCGGCUUCUACGACGCGAACGAGACCGUUCUGAACAUGGAGGAUCAGCUGGUGUACCUCCGGGAUUCCUUCGGCCUGAAGACCCUGGCGGCCCGGGGGGCCAUCAUCCCCUGCCCGGCGGCGGGCAUCCCUCACACAGCCUGGCACUCCAACCGCACUCUGUACGACGCCUGCAUUGCCCCCUGGCUCUCCUGAGACCACCCCCGGCUCUUCCCUUCGGCCUCCUCCUACCAGUUGGCGGGGGUCCCUCUGAGUCCUGGCUCUGCGGAGCUUCCCCCCUCAGUCCAGGGGGCCCCCAAACCGGGGCCCCUCCCCAGUCACCUCAUCCUCGGACCCUCCUCUCAAGUCUCUGACAUUUCCCCUCCUUCUCCUUUCAGGGCUCCUCAAUUCUGCGAAUGUAGCCAACACCCCCGACCCCUAACCCCACACCUACCCCCGGAACCCCAUUUCUGCCUCUCGGCCUCCGGGCCGUGCCCUCCCUCUGCCCCCCGAGAUCGGGCUUUUAUCACUCUGGCAGCUGCUGCCGGCCCCCACCCUGAAGGGGUAGGGGCCCGAAGGCGGGGAGGGAGGGAAGGGCCCGACCCCCAUCAGGAUGACUCAGGAUGUUUUUAAUCUCCCGUUCCCCAAGUGUGUGAGUCCCCAAGUCCCGCCCUUCCCCGUCACCCCGCACCCCAGAGCCCGGCUCCCCCAGUCCGGGGUUUGGAAGAUUUUGGGGGGGGGCCCCGGGCGGGAGCCUGCUUUGAGGGGUGUCAGUGUUGGGGCCAACUCAGGCCCCCAGUAUGAGCGAGAAGUCCGUUAGGCCAACGUGGCCCAUCUCAGGUUUGAGCUGUCCCCCGCCCCCGCACCUGUCCCCCCACUUUCGCCACCAUCAGUGUUCCCAGCUCACCCUGGACCCUCCACCCAUACAAGGGGUUGGGCGUGAGGGCGGGGGAGAGCGCCCGGUCCCUCUGGGCCCGAUCACAGUUCCUGUAUAAUAAUGAUGGUAUUUAUUAAGCACUUACUACAAGCCAAGCACUGUGCUAAGCAUUGGCGUCAUUACGAGCUAAUCAGUUGGGACGCACUCCCUGCCCCAUUAGGGCUUCGCGGUCUAAAAGGGAGGGAGAGAGCCGUAAUUUUAUCCCCGUUGUACACAGGAGGAAACCGAGGCCCAAGCGGCUUGGUCCAGGUGACCCAGCAGGCCAGUGGCAGAGCUGGGCUACGGAUCGACGUCUCCUGACUCCCGGUCCCGGGCUCUUUCUGCUAGGCCACACUGUGUUUAUGGAAAUAAAGUUGGUUCCCGGUUA